AGUUUGUUUUUCUUUGUCUUUCAACGCGAGCAGGUUGCGUGCGUGAGCAACGACGUUGGAGGAAAGUUCGCUGAUGGAGCUGUAAGCUAUACGGAAAGCCAUAUCCUCGACUCAUAGCUACAACCGUGCUGAUAUUGUGUGUGCUUAACAAUCGAAUUUGGAGCACGCAUUAUGCAAAAAUUUAACGUGUUGAUCAAGAGAAGUGUUUAGCGGUGAAAAUGGAUGCAAGGGCGUUCUGCAAGAAGCAUCCUCUAAUCGACCGCGGCCUGCCGUGAUUUUCUACAGUAGUGAUGUUUUUUUUGGAAGCUUCAUAAAAAAAGCCAUUUGCCCUCAUAGCAGUGAGGGGGGUCUUGCCCUUAGAUCGUUUGAUAAUAAGCACUGGUGCCGUGGUGUGUGAGUGUGUGUAUGUUUAAAGAAAUCUUCAAUCGUUCGUUUUAAUAUCGCUUAAGCAUCGUGUUGUGCAGAAUAAAUUUGUUUGGCAAUCGCGGUUAAGAAAUGUGUGAUAAAUCCAACGGUCACGGUAUGGCCGACGGUAGUGUUGGUAGCGUUGGUCGCACUAUAACAAUCGAAGCUGGAACGAAUAAUGGCGGAACGUCGGCGGAAUCGGUCAGAAGUCUUACCGAAUCUCCCGGCCCUGGUGGCCAACGGUUGGGGCAGAACGAUAUCGUACAGCAGCAGUUUACACGCUUUGCAGAUUAUUUCGUAAUCUGCGGAUUGGAUCUGGAUUCUGGACUGGAGCCGGAUCUAUUUGCAGGCGACAGUCUCCACUGCUCCCCGCUAGACAGUGCGUACAAAAGCAAACCGCUAGGCCACUACCCGGAGCACGUCGCGUGGAAUCCGUUCGAUGCGCACGGCAUCUGUAUGCUGUCCCUGCCGCAGGGUUUACGUUUCCGCACCCAAAAGCACAACAUCGAGCCACGGUUUCACGCGUUUGCGACGACGCGCGAGGACGGCAAACGGUGCUACGGGUUCAGCUUGGUGUUCUACGAGGAAGUGCGCAACCGUCAGAUAUGUAGCGCCAUGCACACGCUCCAGUCGAUGUUUAUUACGGAAAUUUCCAGCUCGCAGCAACCACCGCCGGGGACGCUAAGGCGCGUAAAGGAAAGCCCCGUCAGCCGGUCCCUGCCGAGACAUUUCAAAAUUGCCGCCCAAGCGCCGGCAUCCGCACUCAGCUACUAUGACGUCACGAAGGAUAAGCUGUACGUGGCCAAGAGCCUAUCGCUCGUCUGUCAGGUGCCCUAUGCGCACGUGGCGGAGCUAUUUCUGCAGAAUCUCUAUCGGUGUCUUCCGCGACAUCCCGGUUCCCGGCUAAGUCUGGAAAGCUACGUGUACAACAUCCUGUACGAGGUGUCCACUCCGCCGCCGGGAAAAUCGAUACGAAUAUACAUACCGCCGGAAGAACCCCACCUACCUCCCAUUGCCACCAUACUGCAGCGACCGGCACAGAAAGACGAGCUACCCUUCAUGGAUUUCCCAUUGCGGCUACUAUUUACCUAUCUCGGCGUUGAGUGUGUCAUUCAGCUGUUCACGUGCGUGCUGCUCGAGAGCCAAGUGUUGCUGCGGUCCUCGGACUAUCAAAAGCUCACGAUCGUCGCCGAGUGUAUCACGUCGCUGCUGUUUCCCUUCCAGUGGCCUCACGUGUACGCCCCUAUCCUGCCCGCCUCGCUGCACCACUUCCUCGACGCGCCGGUCCCGUUCGUGAUGGGGCUGCAUGCCGACUGUGACAGUAGCGUACGGAUCGGUAGCGAGGCGAACCUCUGCUAUGUCGACAUCGACAAGAAAUCGGUACAACUGCCCGAGGAGCUACCCUCCUUCCCGUACCGGCACGAUUUCAUCUCGGAAAUAACGGCCGUGCUCGAUAAGUACGCGGUGCCGCGCGACCGUUCACUCGAUCCGCCCAGCAUACUCAGCCCAAAGAAUCUCCUCAAGGACCAUGACAUGAUGACGGCGAGCUGUACGCUCCCGUCCGGGAUGCACGUACGUCGAAAGCAUUCGCUGCACGACCUGCUCGACUGGGACCGGCCAAACUCGCCCGAUAUGCCACUGCCUGCGACGGCUGUACCGGCGCGCCCGGAUGUACGGCAAAGGAUCGUUGAUAUUGUACGGCGUAGCGGAGGUGACGAGGUGGAUAGCAGUGGCGGACCGAACGAGGUCAUGCCGAGUACCAAGCAGAAGCAACCGCUCUCGACGCUCGAGCAGUACUAUGAAGAUCUGAGACUGAACAAUGCACUACGCGAAAUAUUCCUCAACCGGUUCGUGCAGAUGUUUGCCGCGUAUGAGCAUUUUGUUAUACUUCCCAAUCAGAGCAAAGAUGAAUGGUUGACGAACAGAGAGUCGUUGCACAACUUCGACAAGGCAUCAUUUCUAUCGGACCAACCGCAGCACCAUCGCCCGUUUCUGUCCCGCUUUCUCGAGAGCCAAAUGUUUGCCACGCUGAUCGACAACAAAAUCAUGCUUUCGUGGGGUGACGAUCUGAACGGAUGUCAAUUGGUGGACAGCUUGAACGGUGACAUGGAGUAUAGUUUAAAAUUGUUCGACUCAAGGAUAAAAAUUUUACGUAAGCGGUACGGUGGUGAAAGUAUGAUCCGAACCGCCAACUAUGAACCAUGUAUACUAGCCAGAGAAACGCAAAAGCUGCUGGACAAACGGUUGCAGGCAGUCGACAUGGAGGUGGCCCCACCGAGUGAAAUUCUGGAUAAAAGGCCACCGUAUUACCGGAGCUUCCCACUACUGGAGAAAUCCGUCCUCAACCAUGAAUGCGUCUCGAGAGGCAACAGUUUGCGACGAGUGAAAAAUGGCAGCACCAAGUGGAAGGUGAAAGAGAUUUCCCUUGAUGGUGGUGCAUCGAAUGUAUCUGGGCUGUCCAAAGAUGCAGAUGGGAAUAAAUCAAAUCGUAAUUCAGCCAAUCUGUCUGGUGCGGAAAUCAGUCCGGCUCUGCUGGCACAGGCCAACUGGACUUUCGUUGAAAAGCUUCUCAAGGACAUCAAGAGCAAAACUAAACGAAUGCUGCUAGAGAAGAUGGGCACGGAGGCAAUAGAGCUCGGACUGAGCGGUGAAGCGUCGGUAACGGGUGUAGAGGAGAACACAAUGAUUGCCUCCUUGUGUGAUCUGUUGGAGAAAGUUUGGUCACACGGAUUAAUCAGCAAGCAGGGCAAAUCCGCGCUCUGGACGCAUCUGGCAGCAUAUCUGGAGAUAAAGGAUUGCCAAAAUCCGGGCAAACAUCAGAUGGAAAAUAGCUAUCUCACCCCUGAAAAAGCACGCAGUAACUCCGAAACGCGCUAUCGCACUCUGAAGCCACCGAAAAGCGGCGGCACCAUGGGUGGCUUUAAGUAUCACACUACCAUUGCGCACAAAAUACGCCGGCUGCAGGGCAACAGUGGUAGCAACAGUGGUGGCCGGGUGGCCCCGGGUAGCGGAACACUGCUGUACGCAGCAUCAUCGUCGGCCGAAACGGUACCAACGACGUCGCCGGGUCGCUUUACUAACUUUAUGUUGUCCGAUGUCGUUGCUUCUUUUGUCGGUAUGCGUAAUGGGUCGGUAGCUAACCUGUUUUCCACGCGCAGUCACUGCGAUCUUUCAUCGUUAGCCAUCGAACCACAACUUCCACCACCUUCCCCAACUCGUGGCCGCUCGAAAUCUCGGGAGCGUAAAAGCCUUGGUCCCGAGCAACUACGACCGCUUCCGGAAUCGCUAGAAUUUGACAUCCGCAACAUUCUAGCGAUGACGGACAUUAAAACGCACAUCGGAUACGCCCGAGCCUGGGUACGAUUGGCAUUGGAAAAGAAGGUACUGUCACGUCACUUGCGAACGUUGCUAACGGAUGCUGCACUGCUACGCCAGCUCUACAAACGUUCCGCAUUUGUGCGCUGCGAUGACGAGGUGGAACAGUUCCUGUACCAUUUGCUUACACUGAAUGCGGUCGAUUAUUUCUGCUUCACGAAUACUUAUCCGACGACAAAGCUGCCGUACCGUGUGGUUAUAUUCCCGUCGAAGAAAUCUAGCGCUGCUACGACAUCGGCCAACGUUUGGAUAGCGAUAUCGGGCAGUCUGGGUGAAACGCAGAUCAUCAACGUGCCGCGACAUUCGCUGGAGUUUGUGUUUCAUCACAAAACCCUCGGCAUUUUAACGUCCUUACGAAUUGGGCACGAUGAUACGGGAAUGUCAUCGAAAUGGUUGGUAGAACAUGUAGUUAUCAGGAACGAAGUUACGGGACAUACUUACAAAUUUCCAUGCGGUCGAUGGCUUGGUCGUGGCAUUGAUGAUGGUUCUAUAGAGAGGCUGCUGAUCGGUCAACUUGUGCCCCGAACGGUAGACAGCGAAGAGCUGGUUGAGGCGUGCCGGACGCCGCCUCGUACUCGUAGCCCUAGUAUACAACGACCGGAGGUACGCCCAUCGGACAUACAGCACAUGUUGGGUGAUUGCGUGAACGCGAUCGUUAAAUGGCAUUAUCGGCCGAGUCGGGAUCGGGACGCUAGCUCACUAACGAACCUGCUGUGCGGUGAGAAUGGGCUGGUCAAGUGUCUCGAGCAGGCCUUCCUGUGCGGGUUCCGUUCGUCCCGUCUGUUCGGUCGUAACUUCUACCUCUGGGACUACUUCGUGCGGGUGAAGGAACAGUUCGAGAUAUGCUUGGUGGAGGAAUCGGUCGAAACGGUGCGCGGUGGUGGUGCCACAGGUUCGCCUCCCACCAGUGGCUCGAGCCCCGAAUCACCACCGCAAGGUACGAGCCUCGGUGGGGGCCAUCAUCUCGGUGGUACUGGCAACGGUGGUGGUAGUGGUGUUGGUGGCAAUGUUGCUGGUGUCGCUCUCUCGCCCGUCGCACGGCAGGAACUGUCCGCCGUGUGGCACUGCUACUGCCAUCUGAUGGACGAGAUCAAUAACGUAAAGCAAACGUUGGGCAAGGAUGGUCGGUUCCAAUUGUUUAUCUGUUUGAGUUUGAGGGAACAUCUUCUGCACCGGAUGCUAGUGCCCAUGGCAUACACCCGCGUGACGGCCGAGAUGUACGAGGAGCAGAGCUUCAUGCGGAAGAAGGGACUGCUAACAUUCCUGCGUCAAAUAUUGGAACCUUUGGACGAAUUUCACAUAGUGUUGGAAAACUCAAUUACUCAAGGUAUCGGAUCUCACUGUUAGGCUGGAUUGGGUCCAUAUUUGAUUUCGAGCGUUAAGAGUUAAAGCGCGUCGGUAAAAAGUGUAAUCUCACGCACGAGAACGAAAUACUCGACGUACUCAAAUUAAAACGUGCAGCUUCCUUUCCAGAUGAUCAUUUCGUGAUCGAAGGGGAUUUAAAAUUUUGUUAAGCUAAGAAAGUUUGUUUGUUUUUUGCAGCUACAUCGAUUUCUCGGGGUUUAAAAAUUAAAGUUUAAGUGUCGCAUCAAAAUAAUUACUCUCUACUCUAAUAGAAUGCUGCAGGAUCAGUAAAAAUAUGUUUUUUUUUCAACUAAAUAGCAUGCUUGUUAGAUAUCAGUGUAUGUAAAGAUGGUCUUAUUUUUUGUACAUUUACAUUUAAUACUUCCAUUGAGACUUAGUUCUUGUAACACUGAUGGGGUCUGUCGAAAUGAAUAUUUGGUACUACUGAAUAGCAAACGUAAUUAUUGGUGUCUUUCGUUGUGUUAGGUUUUAUACAAGAAUAUUAUGUUCCACUAUGCUGUUUAGUGGAAAAUGAAUGAUUUUACUCCAUAAGGUUAAAUACUACUCAAAUAGACUGAACCCAGUACGAGAGAUUAUCUAGUGAACCUCUUUUUUACUCAAUCCCAGUUCAGAAACCGUGGCCAAAGAAUACUUGAAAGAGGAUACCACUACUAGGAUACUAGGUUACACCAAUGUAAAAUGUGUUUUUUGUUGUUGUUAUUUGCUUUUGAUUGUUUUGUAUACCGCGAUAAGUUAUGUUUGCUGUUAGUAUUCCUAUUUUACAUGCGGGUUUUUUUUGCAGGGUUUUAGCUUUUUUUAAACUAAAGUAAUAAGAAUCGUAUUAAAUUGGUAAGCAAGAUAAGAAAAACAAAAUAGUCAUCGACGAUAAACUGUGCCAAAAUAUGAGCGAUUUCUCCGUGGAAAAACGACACACAGCAAUCUUUCGGGACGCCUGAUUCGUCUCCGACGAUGCGUGCGACAAUUGAAGAAAUGAAGAAAAGUUGAACACGACACAAACGAGAUUUAAUCGGGAAAAUUUGAUGCUGCUGUUAAGCAGCGAGGUAUCAAUCGAUAAUGCGGUGUAAAAGUCGAUUAAAUUCAUUUUAACUCGUAAGAUGCAAACGUUCCGUUGCCCUCCAAGUCACGAAACAAUCUCCAUAUUAAUCUCCAGUGAUGCGUGUGUUAAUCACCCAUUUGAUAUUAGUCAAUCGAACGUACAUUAGAUCUGUUUAGUGGUAGAAGAACAUUUAGCUCGUGUAUAGUCGGGUCGGUUACUGUACGCACCACUUUCAUUGUGUCUUCGUGAGCAUGAAAUGUAAAACUAACGAUGAAGAGAAUAAAAUCAUCCAUUGCCGUUAAUGGUAGCAAAGCAAA